CUCUUUAUUUUGACACAUGACACAUACGUCAAGUCAAUUGACAAGUUAGCACAAUCCGGUGUCUGUGAAUGUUGAUCGAAUAAAAUGUGUUUAUUUAGAAUGUAAAACGAAGUAAACAAUUUUGUUUCAUUUUGCGAGGAAAGAAUAUUUUUCUUCUUUAUUAAAACCAUGAGUCGAAUACUGAGUGGUAUUUUUCCGGACAUUCCGCCGGAAUUAAGUUCAAGACUGUUUCGCGAUGACCACAAUUUGGUGGUCAUUGGAGUGAUUGGCAAGUCAGUCGACCCGGAAUGUAACAAAAUGGCUGGAUUUGAUAUGGUCAAGCUGACGCCAGAACCAAAUGCCAUCGUACAAAAUGGACAAAUUCGUUUUUACUUCAAUGAAGCAGAGGGCAAGAGUCUUUUCAUCCAUUUUCAAACUACGUUCGACGAGAUGGUCAUGGAACAAUUCCUGAUAGAACGAAUGACAAAAGCAGCAAUGGACCAGAAAGAAGAACAACCAACCGAGGAAAAACGAGGAAGCAAACGACGUAGCAGUGCUAUUCACUCUUUGCAUACUCUUGUUCGAGCCAAAUUCUCACAGAUGCUCUUGUUUGCCAUUCAAAUUUGUCAUAUUAUUGUAUUGGUGGAGCCGAACAACGUGUUUGACACGUCAUAUUUAAGCAUCUUCAAGGCGCUAAAGGUGAUUAGGGAGCAACAUGUCUUGAAAUUUCUUCCGAAAUUUCUGAAAAACUCCAGUUCUGGCUCACAAAUCGGCAAAGAAGGACGAUUAUGCUCGCCUCGAUUCAUCUUCUACUUCGAGAAAACGCUUCAUGAAUACACCAACGUGGACAAUCUUCAGCGAUAUGAGUUUGAGAUUGAAGACUGUAUCUAUAAAAUGCUGAGAAAUGAAUUUGUGAUUACGAAUAAUAGUUUGAAUUCGUUAUUUUCGAUUCCACGGAAUAAGCGCUUUGUGUGCAUGAAUACAAAUCCGAAUUUGCGCACCGAUCCAAUUACGCAAUCUGUCAACGAGUUGGCGACGUGUAUAAACAAAGAAAGACACGGUUUGCAUAGCGAUGGAGAAGACAAUGACAGUGACGAUGAAAUCAGGCCGUUUAAAGGAUUUGCAAAGCCGUUGAGCAAGUAUAAAACAGUGAACAACACGAAUGUUUGGUCCGAAAAGACAAAUCGCCUGCUUCAAUUAAUCAAAGAGCAUGUGGAUGAGGCAUUACAAACUGGAUUCGAUGAUAGCAUCGCCAAGUAUAAGGGCAAAAGUCAUUUUGUGAUUCCUUCCGGUAAAUCAUGGUAUGAGAUGUUCAAGUUGCUGCAUAAAAUCUUCGUUGAAAAUCCAGACAAUCCCAGUUUUGAGCCAAAUGACUCGGAUUAUAAAUCCUAUUUGGAGAACUUCCCGCGGAUCAUCGAUAUCGAUGACAGAUUUUAUUCAGAAUGCUGUGAAUAUGGACUUGAACGUGGCAAAGAGCACUACAAAGAGAUGCUUCCAUCAUUUUAUAGCAAGAACUAUCACGAGCAAAAGAUUUUGCAGAGCAUUGCUAUGCUGAAGAAAUACGGAAGAGGGCCACAUUUGAUUGUAUGCGAAAAGAAACUGACUGAAAUAUGUGAUGACGUUUGGUUGAAUGGUCGUCAACAGUGCGAGGUGUUGAGUUUACGUGGCAAUCCGUGUGCAAUGCCAAAGCAUGAAAUUCUAUCAGGCGAUGGUGGCCACAAUAGUGCCGAAACCAUCAUAUCGACUUGCAAUUGUGGGCGAACGCAAGGUAGACGAAAUGAUCCGUACACGUUGCGCCAGGCUAAUUACGAAUUUUAUCAAAUCAUGAUGGGCAGCUGUACGAUGUGUCCGAAAUUGGAAAGCAUUCCAUUUGCCGUUUUUGAACCAUCGAUCAAUGAUUAUCGUGCUGCCGAACUAGAAAAGACGGUCGUGGACAAAGAGGAUAUAGCCGAAGAAGACGAUGAUGAUUAUCAAGUGCUGAGUAUGCCAUCUCAACUGGCGAAUCCGUUGAGCAUUGGUUCGGGAUUAACUUUUUCUGAUGACGAAAACAAUGAAUCUAACGAUCCAGCUAGUGAUGCCAAAUCAAAUGAGAAUAAUUCAUCGGAUCAUGAGAUCAUUGCCGAGGCAAGUGACGAAAACUCAAUCAAUGAAAUCGUCAUCAAAGUUGGCGUCGAAGAGAAUGAAGAAUGCCUGGCAAAAGGAAUCUAUCGGCAACCAUCAACGACUGAAUAUCUAUCGGGCAUGGUGCAUACACUGAGCCCAGCUGGAUUAUUGCCACAGUUUUCAAGCUGGUCUCUGGUUUGCGUUGGUCAUAGCUCGGUUUACUCGCACAAUUCAGGAAUUCCCGAGCACGCUCAAAGCGGUUUUUUGUCUGGUGCCAACUUUUUAUUACCAUGGGACGUUCAAGUUCGUUUGGAAAAUGCAGCGUCAUGGGCUCGAACGUUGGAUAAAGCACGACAUCGCCGCAAACCUCAGCCCGUUUCGAAAGAUGACUCCGAUGGUCAAGUGUUUAUGUUGAAAAUUUUCGUUGGCUGCGAAUAUGAAUGCCCGCGUGGUCAUCGAUUUUUCAUGAGCAGCCCAAACACUAUUCUGAGAGGUGGAUCAGGAAUCGUCAAAGACGGAGGCAGUAAAAUCGUCUUCAACGACAUGCCAUUGUAUUUCCCAUGUCCGUGCCGCAACGCAAAACCAAGUGUAGCUCAAUUAAUGCGAGUACAUAUUGUUACACCGAAAGCCCCAGUCAAUAUCAUAUUGGAGCCAAAAAUUCGUACAGGCGACAAGAAUUGCUACACAUUCACAACUGGACUGGCGGAGCCACCAAAAUUAACCCAAAGUGCCUACUGGGUGCUACGCUUACCGUAUGUUUAUGAAGGCAAUGACGAACCGAUUAUGCCGCCACUCGCAGAUAUAACACCUUCGAAUUGCAUGAAUUGGGGCUAUCUAAUGGCCGGAAUGUAUGGAAUUGUUGAAACAAAAACUAAGUAAAUGUAUUUUUUCUACGGGAAAAGAAGACACAGACAAAUAAUGAACUAAAUUGAGUUUUAAAGUGAAUUUAUUUCAUUAGAACACUAAAAUGAAUAUGUGAAAUUGUACGAAUUUCUGGGAUCAAUUAAUUAAAUAAAUAAAUAACUUAAAAUCAACAACAAA